UGAAUAUUUUCAUUUCGCUGCUUCCAAGCCAAUCAAGUCCAUUUCUUCUCAAUCUUCUGCAGCUUAACAGACCUCACUGCUCAGCCACAAUACACACACAGUUUCCAUGGCGUUAUCUGUCGUGGACACCGAAUACCUCAAGCAGAUCGACAGAGCUCGUCGAGAUCUUCGUGCUCUCAUCUCCAACAAGAAUUGCGCUCCUAUUAUGCUUCGCUUGGCGUGGCAUGACGCUGGGACUUAUGAUGUAACCACUAAAACUGGCGGCCCCAAUGGCUCAAUCAGAAAUGAGGAGGAGUCUAAUCAUGGCUCUAACAACGGCUUGAAGAUCGCAAUUGAUUUUUGCGAAACUGUAAAGGCUAGAUGCCCAAAGAUUUCAUAUGCUGAUCUUUACCAGCUUGCUGGAGUUGUCGCAGUUGAAGUCACUGGAGGACCAACUGUUGAUUUUGUUCCUGGUAGAAAGGACUCCAUGAUUUCUCCAAAGGAAGGCCGACUUCCAAAUGCCUCUAAAGGUGCCCAACAUCUGAGGGACAUUUUCUAUAGGAUGAAUCUGAGUGACAAAGAUAUCGUGGCACUAUCAGGAGGCCACACACUGGGAAGGGCACAUCCCGAAAGAUCAGGUUUUGAUGGCCCUUGGACUAAGGAUCCUCUGAAGUUUGAUAAUUCUUAUUUCAUAGAGCUUUUGAAUGGAGAGUCAGAAGGACUGUUGAGACUUCCAACAGAUAAGGUCUUAGUGGAGGAUCCUGUGUUCCGCCCUUUAGUUAACUUGUAUGCAAAGGAUGAAGAAGAAUUUUUCAAGCAAUACGCAAUAUCACACAAGAAACUGUCUGAAUUAGGGUUCAUCGACCCAAAAAGCAGCUGUGCAGUAGAUAAAAGUGAGGGUGUGGUAUUGGCACAAAGUGCGGUGGGAAUUGCUGUUGCUGCUGCAGUUGUGGUUUUGUCGUACCUGUAUGAAGUUCGUAAGAAAAUGAAAUGAAGGUUGGUUUUCUUCUUCUGCAGUAAGUAAAAUUGGUAAUAAGUUCAGACAAACCAUUCCAUUCCAUUCCAUUACAUUACAUUCUAAAAAAAGUGUUAUUUAGAUGAAAGAAGGGUUGUGAUAUUAUAACAUGCUGCAUGCUAUGUAUGCUCUCUCAUAUCAUAGAUGGUGGAUGAUCUCCUCCUCCUCUAUAAUAAAAAUAAUAAUAAAAGGUCUGAUUGAAACAUAAGAUAUAAGAUGAUCUGGCUUUGAAUUUGGUAUAUUUAUUUUUAUCUAU